AUGGCUGGUGCAAUUGAAAAUGCCCGUAAAGAAAUUAAUCGUCUUUCUUUGAAUGAAUAUGGCGAAAACGAAUAUGGUCAAAUCUACUCUGUCUCUGGUCCUGUUGUUGUGGCCGAAAAUAUGAUUGGGUGUGCUAUGUACGAAUUGGUGAAGGUGGGUCAUCAAAAUUUAGUUGGUGAAGUUAUCAGAAUCUCUGGUGAUAAGGCCACCAUCCAAGUUUAUGAAGAAACUGCGGGUGUUACUGUCGGUGACCCAGUGUUGAGAACUGGUAAGCCAUUGUCUGUCGAAUUGGGUCCUGGGUUAAUGGAAACCAUUUAUGAUGGUAUUCAAAGACCUUUGAAGGAUAUUAAGGAAAAAUCUCAAUCCAUUUAUAUCCCAAGAGGUGUCGAUGCUCCAGCUUUAUCCAGAACUGCCAAAUACGACUUCCAACCGGGAUCUUUAAAAGUUGGUGACCACAUCUCUGGUGGUGACAUUUUUGGUUCUAUCUAUGAAAACUCUUUGCUUAAUGACCACAAAAUCUUGUUGCCUCCAAGAGCUAAAGGUACCAUUACUAGUAUUAGUGAAGCUGGUAGUUACUCAGUUGACGAAAACAUUUUGGAAGUUGAGUUCAACGGUAAGAAAUAUAAAUAUUCCAUGAUGCACACCUGGCCAGUUAGAGCACCAAGACCUGUGGCAACAAAAUUGUCUGCUGACUACCCAUUGUUGACUGGUCAAAGAGUCUUGGAUGCUUUGUUCCCUUGUGUUCAAGGUGGUACCACAUGUAUUCCAGGUGCUUUUGGUUGUGGUAAAACUGUUAUUUCUCAAUCUUUAUCCAAAUAUUCUAACUCUGAUGUUAUUAUCUAUGUUGGUUGUGGUGAACGUGGUAAUGAAAUGGCCGAAGUCUUGAUGGAAUUCCCAGAAUUAUAUACCACUGUUGGUGACAAGAAGGAACCAAUCAUGAAGCGUACCACUUUGGUGGCUAACACUUCUAAUAUGCCUGUCGCUGCCAGAGAAGCCUCUAUUUACACAGGUAUCACCUUGGCUGAAUACUUCAGAGAUCAAGGUAAAGAUGUCUCCAUGAUUGCCGACUCAUCUUCCAGAUGGGCCGAAGCCUUGAGAGAAAUUUCCGGUCGUUUGGGUGAAAUGCCUGCUGAUCAAGGUUUCCCAGCUUACUUGGGUGCCAAGUUAUCUUCUUUCUACGAAAGAGCUGGUAAAGCGGUUGCUUUGGGUUCUCCAGAAAGAGUUGGUUCCGUGUCUAUUGUUGCUGCCGUCUCUCCAGCCGGUGGUGAUUUCUCUGAUCCAGUCACAACAUCAACUUUGGGUAUCACUCAAGUUUUCUGGGGUUUGGACAAGAAAUUAGCACAAAGAAAGCAUUUCCCAUCUAUUAACACUUCCAUUUCUUAUUCCAAAUAUACCAAUGCCUUGAGCAAGUACUACGAAAGCAACUAUCCAGAUUUCCCAGUCUUAAGAAACAGAAUUAAGGAAAUUUUGUCAAAUGCUGAAGAAUUGGAACAGGUGGUCCAAUUGGUUGGUAAAUCUGCCUUAUCUGACUCAGACAAAAUCACUUUAGAUGUUGCCACCUUGAUUAAGGAAGAUUUCUUGCAGCAAAAUGGUUACUCUUCCUAUGACGCUUUCUGUCCAAUUUGGAAGACUUAUGAUAUGAUGAAGUCUUUUAUCAUUUACAAUGACGAAGCUCAAAAAGCUGUUUCCGGUGGUGCUCAAUGGUCUAAGUUGGCCGAGGCUACUGCUGAAGCUAAACACAAAGUUUCUUCUGCUAAAUUCUUUGAACCAAGCGAUGGUGAAACUGCUGUCAGAGGUGAAUUUGAAAAAUUGAACUCUUACCUUUACGAAUCAUUUGCUGAAGCUAGUGAGUGA